AUUGACUGCUGGCAAAUAUAAAUCGGCCCAUCAUCUCUGCUAUCCAUCGAAAGGCUGCCAAAGAUGGGACGCAAGACGGCCAAAAAGAAGCGGGGCGCCGCCAAGAACACUGUGCCCAAGGCCGCGCCGCUCGUCGACGCCACCGUGUUCGGGGGCAGCUAUUCACUGCAAGUACCCCAGGGCUGGAUGCACCCGGCAGAAGUCCUGGCGUCCGGCUUCGACGCCCGGCCGUCGGAGCAGUUCGUCAGCCGCCGCGCGUUAAGCGGUCCUGGCUUCGCGUCGCUCAUAGUGGAUGUGGUGCCGGCUCACAUUCGUGAUUUAGGGAGCCCUUCGGGCAAGCAGCGAUUGUGUGAAUUCGUGAAUUACCAUGAGGAGGAGAACGACGCGACGUUCAAAGCCCCUGUCGAGGUCAAGAGCUGCCAUGAUUCGCCCUUUGAGAGCGUCUGGCUCAUUGAGUAUAAGUCGGUGGGAAAGCUGGAGGGGCGUACGACGAGGACGAUGGCGGCGCUCCUCGAGAGUCCGGAGGCGGACGUGAUCCUGCGCCUGAACAACGGCGACACCGAAAACGUCUGCUUCCCGUCGAUUGUCGGGUCGCUGCGCCGCGUGCCGGGGGCUCCGCCGCCGCAACCGCACUACCCACGGGGCUCCGGCCUACCAGUCCCGCAGACAAUUGAGCUCGAUUUCGACGAACUCGAAGCGGUCGCAAAAGACAGAGACGUAGAUGUCGAGUUCCUCUGGAUGACCGCCCAAGCGAUGUGCUCCAGCGAUGCCGAAUUGACAUCGAUGGACGCGGCGGCGCGCGAGAAGGUCGACACGCUGCUCAGGUGCGAGAACUUUGCGCGAUACCGGCAUGCGGCGUUGGAAUUGCCGAUCGUCAGGCGGCGCAUCGAGGAUAGGCAGCGGGCACGCAUUUCCCGCGAGCAGGCGUCUUAUAAAGCAGCCUCGGAACCGGUCGACGACCCGCGGGCGCGUGCUAUCUCGGUUGCCGUGGCGGUCGCCAAGGCCGCAGCCAAGGCUAUCCCGCCUCACGAAAAUAUCACUGAGAAUGCGAGAUGGAUAAGAGCAGUACAAACUCUACGGGAUGCAAUCACCACAGACGAUUCUGACGAAGAAAACUUUUAUGAGUAUAUGCAGAGCCGAAAGUAUGACGGUCCCGAAAAGUACUGGCCGCAUGAAAAGAUGUUGAAAUUCAUGUCGCGCUGGCCCCGUGUACGGAAGUACUGGCCACGGCUGCGGCGUAGAAUCUGUACCUACUGUGGCAAGAGAAGUGACCUGUCCGAACCGCGGCUCUUGGUCUGCGGGGGGUGUGCCGCUGGCCGAGGCGUCGGGCGCUAUUGUUCCGAGGCUUGUCAGCGAGCCGACUGGCCUGAACACCAGGAGGCUUGCACGCUCAUUCAUACUAUGCCGGACGAGGGUCAUCCGUGGAUGAGGAAGGUGCCGCAUACCAUGCUUUUCGCCGGGGUGAAGGAAGCGAAAUCCGCCGGCCUCUCGCCGGAGGGGAUGUCGGAGGCUGAUCUCGCGGACAGAAUGUUGAGCCUCACACUUCAAUAUGCAAAACAAUGGAAAAGCGAAGGAAAAAUGUAAGGCCCGGGGCAUUGUAAGGACAUCUGUAAGGACAUUGUAAGGAC